AUGGUUCUUAUCGAAUUUGGGCUUCCUAACAGAAUGGUGGAGUGGGUUAUAACAUGUGUUACCACUGUAAGCUAUUCCUUGGUGAUUAAUGGUGGGCUGACUGAGAGGUUCCAAGCAAAAAAAGGCCUCAGACAGGGUGACCCUAUGUCACCUUACUUAUUUGUCCUUGUCAUGGAAUAUCUAAAUAGGUCCCUUAAACAACUGAGAUAUGACCCUAACUUUAAUUACCAUCCAAAAUGCUCAAGGCAGGAACUGGUCCACAUUUGUUUUGCCGAUGACUUAAUCAUGUGCUGCAGGGCAGACAAGGGAUCCAUACAAUUAAUGAUGAAGGCUUUUGAACACUUCUCCUCUGUCUCAGGACUACAGGCUAACCUAGACAAAAGUUCUUUCUAUGUUGCUGGAGUUACGGAUGAGUUUAGAGAUCAGAUCCUUCAGGAAAUGAGGUUUACAUUGGGUGAAAUCCCCUUUAAAUAUUUAGGAGUUCCCCUGUCCUCAAGGAAACUAACCAUCCAACAAUGUAUGCCACUAGUUGAGAAAAUUAUUGCAAGGAUAAGAUGCUGGUCCUCCAAGUUACUCUCAUACAGUGGAAGCAAUGAAAGCUCCAGAAAGGCUCUUGUUGCUUGGGAUAACAUGUGCUUGCCAAAGGCAGCGGGGGGACUCAACAUCAUAAAUUUUGAGCAAUGGAAUAAGGCAGCAAUAUGCAAAUUGCUGUGGUCCCUAUCUCAUAAGAAGGACACACUCUGGGUACAGUGGAUUCAUAGCUUCUAUAUAAAGACAAGGAAUCUGGCUGAUCUUGUAACUCCUAAACAAGCUUGUUGGCUUGUUAGGAAGAUAUUUGAUGCUAGGAAAUGGUUUCCUAACACUGAUCCAAUCACUCACCUGGCACAGUUCUCAGUUGGAGGAAGGUUCAGUAUUAAGCAAGCUUAUUUCUCCUUUAUUCCUCAGCUUCCUAGAGUUCCAUGGAGGAAUUUGGUACAGUCUAAAGGUGCUCUCCCUAGGCACCGGUUGUUGUUGGCUAGCGAUUGCAAAAUCGAUUGGCUACGUAUUGACGGAUGUAAGUGGGGAGUACAAGUGUCUCAGAGCUGUGUGUUGUGCAACACACUAGAAGUAGAAACAAUGGAGCACCUCUUCUUUGGCUGCAGGUACUCACGAUUUGUAUGGCAUACUCUGCUCCACUGGGUGGGACUACAAAGAAGGAUAGGGACCUGGGCGGAAGAAAUUGGUUGGCUCUCAAAGGCUGUCAACAACAACAGGCCACGAGCAAACAUAUUGGGAUUCAUAGCAACUGCUACCGUAUACACUAUAUGGGUUGAAAGAAAUGCAAGGAGGUUUCAAGCUAAGGCUAGAUCAAAUGUGCAACUCAUCAGGGAUAUUAUUUUGCAGUUGCAUAGCAGAGGACAGAAUCAGAGUAAAUGGAGUAGAAUGCUGCAUAGUUUGAAUAGUUAUCCUGUAUAG